UAACGAUCGGCUCAGAGCGAGGAUUGAGCGAGCUGAGGGGAGGUGGAGGUGGGGGUGGGGAGGGAGAGGAAGACAGAGAUGGGGAUAUCGCUUGACGGCCUGAGGGACAAGAAUCUGAUGCAGUUGAAGAAGCUCAACCUUGCGCUAUUUCCCGUCCGCUACAACGACAAGUAUUACGCUGACGCCCUCUCUUCCGGCGAGUUCACGAAGCUCGCUUAUUACAGUGACAUUUGUGUUGGUGCAAUUGCUUGUCGUCUGGAGAAAAUGGAAGGAGGAUCAGUUCGUGCUUACAUUAUGACGCUAGGUGUUUUGGCUCCAUAUAGGGGCUUAGGAAUUGGUACAAAGCUGUUAAAUCAUGUGAUGGAGCUGUCUGCUAAGCAGAAUAUUUCCGAGAUUUAUUUACAUGUGCAAACAAACAAUGAUGACGCCAUUGCCUUCUAUAAGAAAUUUGGUUUUGAGAUCGCAGAGACGAUACAGAAUUACUACACAAACAUUAGCCCGCCAGAUUGCUAUGUUGUUAGCAAGCUUCUGCCUGUAUCUUCCGCAAAGAAAUGAGGGCACCUGAGAUGAAAAUUCAGUGAUUAAAUUUUUCUUCUCGCAUUUCUGUGGAAAAAUUUAUUUAUUGGUCUUUUUUCUUUCAAUUUGUAUAGAGAGGGGUUAUUUUGGCACAUUGUUGUUUUCCUUCUUUGAUUAAGAUUUAGUUGCCACA